UCUCAAUUUCUCAAAUUAUUCAUCUGAAAUCAAAUAGCCUAGUUCGUACAGUGCUCGGCGUCGUUUCCAUGAUCACAUGCUCUGCUUGUGCCAAAUUUUAGGGCUUCCCAGAGUCCCCACCCCCCCCCCCCCCCCCCUCCUUUAUAAGCACACUCACUCGAUCAGCUGAGACCCACAGAGCGCCACCCUAGGGUUUCUCAGAACCAAAAUUUCCUCUCCAUCGUCCGCCAUAGCAAACAAGCUCGACGCUCCGCAACUCCCAUAAGUCAAGAAGCAGGUGAAUCAUGUCUGGCUCUGAUGAUGACAUAAAGUUUUCAAAUGAGGACUUGAGGGGACUUGAAGUCCCACACAACGAUGCACUUGUUGUGAGCAUGAUGGUGGCAAACACUAGGCUGGACAAGAUUUUCUGUACCACGGGCUUCUCCCACAGUAUCAUUUAUCUUUCCACUCUGAAGCGAUUGGGGAUCAGCAAGAAAGAUCUUCGCCCCCAGAAAGAGACUGUGCGAGGUGCCUUGGGGGAAGAACACAAGUCGGUGGGGAAAGUAACUCUCAAUGUCACAGCUGGUGAUAGGCCCCGAUUCCGUACAUUCAUGGUGGAAUUUGUGGUGAUGGACAAGCCUUCAGCAUAUGACAUCAUUUUUGGAAUGAAAGGGUUAGCUGAGAUGGGGGCAGUAAUCUCAGGAUAUCAUCUACUCAUCCGCUUCAGGACUGAAGCUGGAAUUGGAGAGGUCAGAGGAAGUCAACAGAUAGCUAGAGACUGUGAGAAGGCUAUCUUGGAAGAAGCAAGGCGCAAGGACCCUUCAAUCAAAAAGGUGGCAGUGGUUAUGUAGUUGCACAGCAGAAAGACUCCUUGGUUUGGACCCUAGUUAUAUUAAAUCCUAGCAGUUUCAGAACUUCUAUCUUUUGCUUUCAUCCUAACUUUAGUGGCUUAUGUGCUGGUCCAAAUUGCAACAUCAUUUUAAUUUGUGAACCCUGUUUUUGGAUAUUUGUGCCACUUAACCAAGUGUUCUAGAUCCUUAUGAAUUGCGUAUGCUUCAUGCCGUGGAGGUUCUUUAUAUAUUACAAAUAUUUGUUUAGUAUUUACAACCUUAUUCUGUGAAUGGAAUGGGAAGAUUUGGCCAAAGAAGA